GUCCCGUCUCUUUUCUCUCCUUCUUCCCAAGGCCCCCCCAAUCCUGCUGCGUCUCUUGUUCAUUGCCUGCCGGUUUCGUUUCUCGAUUCUUUGUAGCUGGGCGCCGGGCUUCAACGUCACCUCUGGCAGGAAAAAAACUAUUUAAUUCCUCCUCGACUCUUCUUCUCUUCUCUCCUUCUUUCUUCCUCCUCCUCGAAACCUUUCUCUCUCCUCCUCUUCUGCUGCUGCUUCAUCUUGCAUCUUCAUUUGUUUCAUACAGAAGAGAGAUCAAGGCCUUCUUUUUUUGGCCCUUUGUCUCUCGCUGUUUGCUGCUUCCCCCGCUCUUAUCUGAUUCUCUCUCUCUUUGUCUUGCCCAUCUGCCUGUUUGCCAACAACGUCGUGUCUAUCCUCGCUGUUUGCCCUGCCUGCCCUGCCAGAGAGUGCUUCUGGCCACGGCGUCUUGCCCCGCUAUCGAACCCAGAGAUUCAUGGGAACCAUGUGCCUGGGCCCCGCCCCACGAUGAACAACCCUCAUGACUAUCUUAUCUCGAGCGCUCCCUCGCGGCCGAUAGAUCCUGACAAUGCCGAUAGUUGGGUUAUGCUCAACCAGGGCGGAUUCGUGAAGCUGGGCAAUGAACGAAUCCUGUACAAGCUCGAUUCACGCAUAUCAUGCGAACUGUCCGUCCCUCCCGAGCUAAAAGAUCGCUGCGUCCCGUUCCAGCGCAAGAGUGACAGGGGAGCUCUCUUCCUAACCAACAAGCGGGUCGUUUAUAUCCCCUCAAGGCCAACCCAAGAGCCCAAGUUCGAAUCCUUCAGCGCCCCCAUUCUAAAGUUUCAAGAUUCAACCACCUCGUCGUCUAUGUGGUGGGGAUGGG